AUGCUCUUGUCAUUAUCAUGCUUAAAGGUGAACUUCCCUUGCUGUUAUACCUUUCCUGCAGAGGGAAUUACAUCUCCCAAUAGCAUCAUGUUAUGAGAAACAUUGUCAUAAUAUGAUGAAACCACCACCAUGAUUCUGAAAACAAGUAAAUCACUUACAUGUUGUCACAGUUAAAAACUGUUGGAGACAUGAACCUCAUCCCCCUGACUAGGAGAGUCAAUCAAUAUUAACAUGAAGAUGGGUGCUUUCUAUAGAAAUCUUAGUCUUCCAAGAAGUCAAUGGAACAAGUGGAAUUACUCUUCCUCCUAUGCAGCGAGUGGAUUUCAUUCAAGGUCUUUCUGUUCCAGUCAAACUGAAACAGGCCUCUCCUUCACAGAUCCCAUGGAGAUCCACAAGAAGAAGUUGACCUUAUGGAUGAAUCAUAUACCUCAGGAGGAAAAGCAGUUUGGGGGUUACUUCACGCCUGAGACCAUGUAUGUGGAGCCCCUCAUCUUAGAGAAGAAGCCAGAGGAGUGGAAAGGGCCCCUGACAAUUCCUUUCCCCAAUGGAUUUCAGGGGUCUGAGAGCCCCUCAGUCACUGUGGAGCAGCUGUUUGAACCCACCCAGGAAGUAAGUAGGGAGAAGGGUGUCAACGUGCUGCUGUAUGGGGCUGUGGGCACAGGGAAGAGCACAGUGGUGCGGAAGCUGAUUCUAGACUGGUGCGCCGGGCUCACUUUAACCCAGUUCAAACUACUGGUGCCCUUCUCCGGUGAAGACCUCGCCCAUUUAUCCAAGUCUACGUCUCUUAGAGACCUGGUCAGCAGGAAGUAUCUGCACCUAAAGAAUAUCCCCAUGCUGAGUGGAGAUAAUGACCAGGCCAAGGACGUACUGUUUGUUUUCAAGGGCAUUGAGAAGAUGAAACUGGACUUCCGUAUUAGUUCCACAGAGCUGUGCAGUGACCCCAACGAGGCCCUCCCACCUGGAGCAGUGGUGGUGAACCUGCUUAGGAAGUACAUGCUGCCUGAGGCCAGUAUUUUGGUCACCACCAGGUUGUCUGCUCUUGACAGCAUUCCUCCAAAGUAUGUGACACACAAGGCUGAAAUAUGUGGCUUCUGUGACCCAGAUCGCCAGCGGGCAUACUUUGCAAGCCGACUGCUGCAACAGAGUGGAGAAAACCCAAAGACCCAGGAGGCCCUGUCCCCCACUGAUCAGCUCUACCUUGCCCUGCAGAGGGACAGCCAGUUGAAGGAUGCCUGCUCUUCACCCUCCUAUUGCUGGCUGACUUGUUCGACCCUCCACCUUUUACAUUUCCCUGAUGCUAAGGCCCCGAUAUGUACGCUUACCGGAAUCUAUACCAGAUUCAUGAGGCUCAUCUUUGGCGGAGAGGUGCUGGAUAUGGGUACAGGUGUACCUUCUCUCAGGAAACAGAACUCGUUGAUGCGUCAUGUGGUCUGCACUGUGGGAAAGCUAGCCUACGAGGGAGUCCAGAAAAAGCAACGUUCCUUCACUGAGGAGGAACUGGAACAGUUUGUGGGGGGAAAAACUAAAACAGAUGAGGAUCUGCAUCAGCUGGCUGUGUUUCGCACCGACAUCCUUGACUUCUUUCUGGUGCCCUGUGUCAGGACCAAAAGGUCAGAGGUCAAUGAGAAGGAUAAGCGCUACGUGUUUGCCAUCCCCACCAUGCAAGAGUACCUGGCUGCCCUCUACGUGGUCCUUGGCGAGAAGAAGACGGUUCUGGAGAAGCUGAACGAAGGAGUGAGUUUGUUCUUUGGGCACUGGGGCCAGGAUGUUAACACCUUCCUCAACAUAAUUUCCAAGUUCAAAUCACUCAAGAUCUUCACAGUCUUCAACUUGCUCAGGCUCUUCCCUAGCCUCUAUGAGAAGAUCAACAGCCACUGCAAAGGCCACAUCGCUCGCAACAUUGCAUCAGAGAUGUUCCACCGUGAUGAAAACUUAAAUGAGGAUGUUCUGGACCAGUUGGAGCAGAGUCUGCUUGGAGUUCAUGGCCCCCAGCCCAAGGGGCCAUUGAACAGCCCGACCUAUGAACUUUACCCCAUCUUCAAGGGCGGCCUCCUGAACUACAGUAACCGGAUUCUGCUGGAGCACUUGGGCUGUGGCAUCAAAAGAACCACCGUAUCGCAGACCACCGAGGUUCUAAAGAAGCAGCUGGACAAAAAUGUUGUCAAGCAGAAGCCCCCAGAGGAGUUAAUGGACUUCCUGGUUCUCCUCUAUGAAUUCCAAAAUCCACGGUUUACUGCGGAGGUCCUGCUCUCCAUCCAGAGAAUUAAGCUGUCCAAGGUGCGCUUGACACCACUCAAGUGCUUGGUCUUGGGCUCUGUUCUGGACUGUACAUCCUCGCAGUACUACCUGGAGGAGCUGGACCUGUCUUCCUGUCACCUGAAGGACAGCUUGCUUGACAUGCUGUUGUCUGCCUUUCGUCACACUUACAACCUCAAUCUCCAGUUUAACUGCCUGGGUCCUGAGUCCUGCAUUCUCCUGAGAGAUCUUCUGCUUGACCCCAACUGUACUAUUAGAUCUUUACAACUGUGUGAUAAUCCCCUGUUGGAGUCCGGGGCUGACUACCUGCUGGACGCCCUUCCAGGGAACCGGUCUCUCAGGAAGCUUUCCCUAAUGCACACGGGCAUGGGCAACGCGGGGGCCUGCAAGCUUGCCGAGAAGCUCAGUCAGCACACAGGCCUGGAGGAGCUCAAUGUGGCGUACAACAACAUCGGGGACAGCGCUGCUCUGACGCUGGUGGAUGCCUGUCGAGAGCACCCCAGCAUCCACACUGUGCACUUGUACUUGAAUCCUCUCAGUAACGAAGGGAAGCUGUUGCUGUGUGACCGAGGGCUCUCGUUGGAGCAGGGAGGCACAGGCCGACGAGUGAAAGUUCUGGCCUCGGUCACCGAGGGCACAGAAAUCUCAGAGAACUGGCGCCUCAUCCUAAACUUGAUCCGUCAGAACGCCUUGUCCUGGGAGAGGGAACGGGUCCGAGAGCAGCUGCAGAUCUUCCUCCAGGACCUAGAGUGGGGCAAGCAGCAUGCGCCAAGCUUCUGGAAGAAGAUGCACUUCCGUAGGGUGGAGAAUGGUGUCAGACAGACCCUGCAGAUGCUGGGACAUGGAGAACCUGCGGAUGCUGUAAAAGGGGACCAGAGGGGACAAAGUAAUUGACAAGCAAUGUCUGUUUUGACAAAGUUGAGCCAUUAGUAUCAAUCCACAUAUCCAUUGCUCUGGAUACUUGUAGUUUGACAGCCAAUUAGUGGGAUAACCAAUCCUAUGCAAAAUAAUGCAACAAUAUAUGGUAUAUAUUAGAAGAAAGUGUCCUUUUCAAGCCUACAAAAUGUAGUUGUAUAUCCUCUUACGUUGAAACACACACAGGCAUAUUUGUUGGACAUCUGUCCUUCUUUGUUUGAGUAUGUCUGUAUUGGUGUGUGUCAAUUAGAAAAACAGACUAUCCGACUUUCAUGAGAAAUACUCUAAACAAGAUUCAUUGCUAAUAUCAAAAUGUACUUGUGUACCACAAGAUAAAUUAGCAUUGGCUUAACGGUCCUGUUUCCUGACUGGUUAGCUACUUUGAUGGACGUUUAACCAUCACACAGUCAUAUUGAGAACAUACAGUGGGGAGAACAAGUAUUUGA